GCACCAGUGGCGACCUCUAUACAGUUGGAGUCAGUGAUACCAGCACUGAACUUUGAAGGCACAACUUUAGCGGUGCAAGACAUUCUCUGUUUUGUUGCUGUUGCUUGUCGUUGUUGAACGUUUCGUUUCUCGUUCGUUAAAGGAGAGGAUAUCAAAAGCAAAGCCUCUUUCGUUUUGGGAAAUAGAAUAAAAGAGAAAUCGAAGCAAGAUGCUGUGUCCUUGGACUUUUCUACAAAGACCCAGGUACAAGGGCAAAUAUGAUCACGGAGCGAAGUCGACAGUGGACCUGAACAACAAUGAAAUUGACACCAGCAAAGAAAAAAGCCUUGCCAAUGGACGUAUUCCGAACUUUAAGACUGACAGAGCGGGCCCUGAGCCAAUUCCCGCGAAAGGACCCAUGCGUUGUCCUUAUGCCCCUAAGUUUGUGAAAUUGACGAACAUGGAGAAUGGGAGCAUCUUGCAGGAUACCCUGCAUCAAAAAGCAGUCAGGAACAUGCCGUGCCAGUCUUCCUCCUGCAGGGGUGCUCUAAUGACCCCGAAAGCCAUGACCAGACAAACCCGAGACAAGCCUGUACCACCAGAGGAAAUCCUGCCUCAGGCAAUAGACUUCAUCAAGCAAUAUUACGAAUCCUUCAAAAGCCCCAGAAUCGAGGAGCACCUGGCCCGAAUCGAGGAGGUUACCAAAAGCAUCACAAGGACGGGCACAUACGAUCUGACCUACGAGGAACUGGUGUUCGCAACCAAGCAAGCCUGGCGCAAUGCCCCUCGGUGCAUUGGCCGCAUCCAAUGGUCUAAUCUCCAUGUGUUUGACGCUCGGAAAUGCACCACUGCGAAGGAGAUGUUUGAGCACAUGUGCACCCACAUCAAGUAUGCAACCAAUGAUGGAAACUUAAGAUCCACCAUCACCAUCUUCCCUCAAAGGACUGACGGAAAACAUGACUUCAGAAUUUGGAACAGCCAGAUAGUCCGUUAUGCAGGGUACCAGUUACCCGAUGGCUCUAUCAUUGGAGAUCCAGCUGGAGUUGCAUUCACACAGGUGUGCAUUGACCUUGGCUGGACCCCCCGUUUUGGUCGCUUCGAUGUGCUUCCUUUAGUCAUUCAGGCCAAUGGUCAGGAUCCAGAAGUUUUUGAGAUUCCACCAGAGCUCAUUCUUGAAGUAGAAAUUGAGCACCCAAGGUUUGAUUGGUUUAAGGAAAUGGGUCUCAAGUGGUAUGCUCUACCUGCUGUGGCCAACAUGCUGCUGGAAGUUGGGGGUCUGGAGUUUCCUGGGUGUCCUUUCAAUGGCUGGUACAUGAGCUCUGAGAUUGGUGUUCGAGACUUCUGUGAUGUUCAGCGAUACAAUGCACUGGAGGAAAUUGGUAAGAAGAUGGGAUUAGAAACAAACAAUCUGGCGUCUCUGUGGAAAGACCAAGCGGUGGUGGAGAUCAAUAUUGCUGUGCUGCACAGCUUCCAGAAAAAGAAUGUGACGAUUAUGGACCACCACACAGCCGCAGAGUCCUUCAUGAAGCACAUGGAGAACGAGUUUCGGCUCAGGGGAGGCUGCCCAGGUGACUGGGUCUGGCUUGUCCCACCCAUUUCUGGAAGCAUCACACGAGUGUUCCAUCAGGAGAUUCUGAACUACAUCCUCAGCCCUUUCUUUUAUUAUCAGGUUGAUGCAUGGAAAACACAUGUCUGGCAUGAUGAAAGCCGGAGACCAAAGAAGAAUGAGAUCCAAUUCAAACAUCUAGCGACGGCAGCACUGUUCAGCUCCAUUCUGAUGCGAAAGACCAUGGCCAAAAGGACAAAGGCAACAAUCCUGUACGCAACAGAAACAGGAAAGUCAGAAACCUUUGCCAAAAAGCUGCGCACCUUGUUCAACGGCGCCUUCAAUGUCAAGGUUGUCUGCAUGGAUGAUUAUGAUCUGAAUGACCUGAGUCAGGAGUCACUGGUUUUGAUAGUGGCAAGUACCUUUGGAAAUGGAGAUUCACCUGGAAAUGGAGAGGUGUUUAAGAAAUCCUUGUUUACAAAGAAGCCAUUGAAACCAUAUACAUUCAGCUAUGCCAUCUUUGGACUUGGCUCCCGCAUGUACCCACAGUUCUGUGCAUUCGCCCACACCCUCGAUAACAAGCUGGCACAACUUGGGGCAACUCAGUUGUCCCCUACAGGAGAAGGCGAUGAACUUGGAGGCCAGGAGGAAUCCUUUGUCGACUGGGCUAUCACCACUUUCAAGAUGGCCUGUAAAGCCUUCCAUGUGCGUGGGAAGGUGGAACUGGGUCAAUUCAAAUCAACAACCAAAAGUGAUGUCUGGGAUCCCAGCCGAUACAGAUUCGCAACAGAGACAAGGCCCCUGGACCUAUGUGCAGCUCUCUCCAAAAUGCAAGGAAAGAAAAUUCUGCCCAUGAAAUUCAAACUGAUGAAAAAUCUGCAGAGCUCAAAAUCCAGCCGGUCCACCAUUCUGGUCGAGCUAUCCUGCACAGACACCAAGGAGCUCCAGUAUCUGCCUGGGGAACACGUUGGAGUUUUCCCUCAGAAUCAAAAAGCUCUUGUCAAUGCAUUGAUCGAAAGGCUCAAAGGGACACCAAGCUCUCACCAGUGUAUCCAAGUGGAGGUUAACAAUGGAAAUAGUAUCAAGGACUGGAAGGUAGACGAGAGACUACCGGCUUGCAGUCUCUCACAGGCUUUUACCCACUUUCUGGACAUUACCACCCCACCUGGCCCUCAGCUCCUGAAGAAGUUCGCCCAGUUAGCAACAGAUGAAUCAGAGAAGAAUCGACUGCUGGAACUGAGUCAGAAUGCCCAGGAGUAUGAGAAAUGGAAAUCUUUCAACAGCCCCAACAUCCUAGAAGUCCUGGAGGAAUUUCAGUCCAUCCAAUGUCCUGCCUUGUUCCUCCUCACACAACUAAUACUGCUCAAGCCCAGAUAUUACUCCAUCAGUUCAUCCUUAGAUAUGAACCCGGGAGAAGUCCAUCUGACAGUCGCUGUUGUCAACUACAGGACGAGAGAUGGCGAAGGUCCUAUGCAUCACGGUGUCUGCAGCACCUGGUUGAACACAAUGGAAACGGGUGAACUGGUUCCAUGUUAUGUGCGCAGCACUGCGGGAUUCCACCUGCCAAAGAAUCAAUCAAAGCCCUGCAUUCUGGUUGGCCCAGGAACAGGAAUCGCUCCAUACCGAAGCUUCUGGCAACAGAGAGAGCACGACUCCGAGAAACGAGGAAUCAAAGCCGGUCCCAUGACUUUGGUGUUUGGCUGUCGGAACCCAGAGUUGGAUCAUAUUUACAAAGAAGAAACCCUUGCACUUAAAGAUAAAGGCAUCUUGAAGGGUGUUUACACAGCUUACUCCAGACAGCCAGGAAAACAAAAGACAUACGUCCAAGAUAUUCUUCGGGAGCAGCUGGCCUCUGAAGUCUACAACAUACUGUAUGAAGGAAAUGGGCACAUCUACAUCUGCGGUGAAAUCAAAAUGGCACAAGAUGUCACUGAAACUCUGAAAGGCAUCAUUGCUAAGCAGGGUGGCAUGAGUAUUGAGGAUGCUGAGGAGUUCCUCACAAAGCUGAAGAACCAGAAGCGAUAUCACGAAGACAUCUUUGGGGCAACGUUUCAGAAAUAACAGUUCAUCCCCAUUAUGGAAUCAAAAAGCACCAAAGAGACACUUGUGCCAACUCAUAUGAAUGAUAAAGGAAAAUUUUGCAUUAGCAAGUCUUGACUCUUGUAUCACCAUGUAUCUGCUGACUGACGUGUGGACCAAAAUGAAUCAAAUUUUUAUUGCAACUUAUAGCAUUCAAUCUCAUAUUCGCUUUUAUAAACACGUGGAAAUUCAAAGACUUUACAAAAACAGCACUUUUACUUUACAUUUUAGUGAAGUUUUGAGAGAUAGUUUUUUUUUCUUUUUAAGUGGGCAGUUGUUAAUUUUUGGAUAAUUCAGGAAGUCUGUGUUCCAACAGAAGAUUAAGGACUUAAUUAUGUCAGAAACUGGUUUGGGCAGGGAAGCAUAUCAUUGGAGAGUGUCAAUCAAUGUCUGCCAUUUCAGUGUCAAUAUUAAUCAAGCCAGAAAUACAUUAUUUCCUGGUCCUUGACACUUUUCGAAAAUGGCAUUACAUGACAGCACCUUGCACCCCCCAAAUAUAUUUGCUACAGAAACAGAUACUACACUUCUUACUGAUAUUCUGAUAUCCGUGCCUUAAAUAAUAUCACAGCAUUGCUGAAUGUAAAUUUUGGGCAGCGCUGAUGUAAAGCCUACAAUUUAGGCCCAAAAAUAUAACUAAGCCAGUGGAAGGCGGGUUAGUCUGAUACUUGUUUACAACAGUCAGAAGGUCGCAAGAAAUGGCUGGUGAAAUCAAGUUUUACCAUGCACUUUAAUAUAAGAACACAGUGUGGUUGAGUGCAAUAUCCAGUAUCGACUGACAGAUUGAGACUGGUAAAGAUUUAGAGGGUGAGAAUGGCAGCUGGCUGCUAUCUGUAUAACUAUCAUUUGAUAAAUUAUGAGUUUUAAUAAAGUUAUAUGAAUUGUUA